AUUCCAACCAGGCUCAUAGACGUUGGCAGCACAGACCUAGACGUCCCACGCCUUGUUGCUUCGGAUGCCCUGCACAAAGAAAAUGAGGAGAAACUUCAUGGAGUUGAAUAUGCGACACUCAGUUACUGCUGGGGCUCCAGAGAAGACGCAGCUGAGCAGCUGAAAACCACCAGAGAGAACUUAUCAGAACACCUUGAGGGUAUAUCACUCGACUCUAUGAGUCCUGUUGUGAGAGACACUGCAAUCACGUGCAGAGCUCUCGGUCUACGAUAUCUUUGGGUGGAUGCCCUUUGCAUCAUUCAAGGAGACAUAGAAGACUGGAACACAGAGAGCCUAACCAUGGGUCGUGUCUACUAUUGUUCGGCUCUGACCAUUUGUCCACUGACGUCUACAUCCUGUCUGCAGGGG